AUGGUCGUCACCACACCAACUUAUCACAUCAUCUCGAGGGUGCCGCCGCCUCCUCAAGGGCCGCUCAAACUGGGCACUGUCAUAGACAGCCUAGAAGAGCUCAUCCCGCUGAGUGAUAGCCUGGAUGUUGAAGGCUCUCGCGUAACCCAAUUUCGCGAGGAAGAUUUUGAAGUCAAUCGGGCACAGAUCCUCAAGGGAGCAGGUGGAGUUGGCUUCAAGGUGCUUGGUAUGCCAGUGGGCAUUGACAUAUCUGGUGGCGGCGAUACCGCAGUCAACGACACUUACAAGUUCAAAGAACUUGACACCGUUUCCUUCAACCCCACUCCCGAUGACUACCAGAAGGCCGUCGCUGCAUCCCAGCUGCAAGACUACCUCGAAGAUUCGGGAUAUACGCCAGUGUAUAUUGUCACAGGCAUGAAGAUCGGCCACAGGCCGGAGGUGACGCUUAGAAGGGGUAAUCAAGUCAAUGGAACGUUCACUAUCGGCAUCAGCGAUGGGAACGCAACCCUCGGCACCAACGCGAACGCAUCCUCAUCGAGCAAUAUCGUUCAGGGAUCCAAAAGCUCUCCAGACAGCAUCGUGUUUGCGAUCAGGGUGAGGAAGUUAUCUUUCACCAAGCGCUACUACAUCUGGGGGCCGAGGAAACUGCGCAAUGAUCCCUACAAUUGCAGUGCUGAGCUGGUAGGUGUGGGCCGGGAGGCGGAUAAGAGUAGCGAACCUGCUAUUUUUGACGUGAAGGAGAUGGAUCUUGACGAAGAGAUCUUGGGCCGGGCUACGCAAGAGCGUGGUAAUUCUCAAGAGGGACGAUUUAUACUUGUGCUUUGA